AUGUAUAGUUCUUUCUUUCAGGGACGGGCUGCAAAGCCUUGAAGUCGCUGCAGUUUGCCAACCCAGGGCGGCAAACUGAUGUUUACACCAGAAACCAGCACAAGAGAAAAGAGACGGCAGACAAAGACCUCAACAGCAGGGUCAGAGAGACAGACUAUACCAUCAAAGAACAAAGUGUACAAUAGCCAUGGGAUCCUUCUAGCAAAUGGGAUGGAUCUGUGCGAUUGUUUGGAUGAAGAUUGUAUGGGCUGCUUCUAUGCCUGCAGGAAAUGCGGCUCCAACAAAUGCGGUGUUGAGUGCAGGUGCGACCGCAAAUGGCUUUAUGAACAGAUUGAAAUAGAAGGCGGUGAAGUCAUCCGAAAUAAACAUGCUUGACAGAGCUCUCUGCUUAUAAAACAUUUCUAGUAAACAACCUCAGAAGAUAUUCUUCUCGCUGAUCUCUGCUUCCUACUGAAGACAUUAAAAGAUGUGGCAAGGUCUCUUCUAUACAGACUGGGGGAAUUCAGAUGAAUUCAGGCUUCUUGGCCAUUGGCAGAGGGAGCCAACUAUGAAUUGUUCUUCAUGAGUUUGCUUAAGCCAUAUAAUUCCAUCUGAUCUUUGGAGUUCACAGGACUAUUUUCUUUAAAACUUUGAAAAAAAAUCUACAAAGUGUCAUUUGAGUGUCUACAUUGGCCAGUAGCAGGCAGUAGUACACGGCUAUAAAUGCACCACACUGCAACUUUGACAGUCACAAAGAAACAACUUGCGCUUGUCAUAGUUUUUAUUUAUUUUUUUUAGCAUAAAAAAUGUCCCAAAGCUUGUCAUCGGUUUUGUUUUAGUCCUGCAGUGCUGAUAUCUGUGGAUUUGUUGCAUAGUAUGCAAAAUAAAUUCCUGAUGUAUAAUCUUCA